UCUAUCGCGCACGUGUACGUUUGUUUUUGUUUAUACGCAACCACACCAUAUAAGCUCAAAACCCCCGUCAAAAAUAACGAAAAGUAUUUAUCAAAAAUUUUACGAUAUUUUCCUCUGAUUUUGUUAAGUAUUAUUAAGAAAUAUCAGCUAAUCAUUGCAAUGGUGCUUUCCAAAAAUGCCGAAAAGAAGAUUCACAAAAAAAUCAAACGCUGCCAGCAGUUGCUAGCUCGGGAAGUGGAUUUAAAGUUCAGCGAAGCGCCAACCGAAUGCAUCGUAAUCUGCAACGCCGGUUUAUCAACCGGUCUCCAGCAGGAGGUUCUGCUCGGUGAGAUCUUGCAGCAUGGGACGACGCCGCCGACCGUGGAGGACGUGGUGUUUCCAGCCGGUAAGUCGUAUUGCUAUCUUCGCUUCGGGUCGACGGAAGAGGCCAAAACCGUCUACGAGGGUAUGAACGGGAUUGCCACCCUCGGUCAGGAUGGUUGCGUCCUGCUGAUGGCGUACUGUGUGGGGCUCCCAGCAGAAGGUGCACUGUCCGAGGAAGACGGUCUUCCUCCGGGGCUGAUACUGAUUCCGGCCUUUGUUGAUGAGGGGUUUGAGGCGGAGCUUCUUGGAGCUGUUGAUUGGGCUGAAGAGGAGGAAAUGAAUGGUAGCUUGAAGCAUCGGAAGGUUAAGCACUUUGGGUAUGAGUUUUUGUACGGUACUAAUAACGUGGACCGGAAUAAGCCACUGCAGAGGAAGAUUCCUUCUGUUUGCGAGAAAUUGUGGGUGAAGCUGAAGGAACUCCAUCCGGAGCUGGGGUGGCACGUUCCGGAGCAGAUGACCGUCAACCGGUACGAACCUGGUCAGGGUAUUCCUCCGCACGUUGAUACUCACAGCGCCUUUCAGGAUCCAAUCGUUUCCCUUUCGCUGGGCAGCGCUAUCGUGAUGGAUUUCCGUAACCCGGAAGGACGGCAUCUGAAUGUGGACCUUCCUAGAAGAUCCCUCCUUGUAAUGACUGGUGAAAGUCGUUUGGGAUGGACCCACGGCGUGACGCCCCGCAAAAUGGACACCCUGCGUUUGAACAACAGUCUUUCCAUCCGAAAACGCGAGCUUCGAGUAUCGUUCACGUUCCGGAAGUUGAAUGACGGUCCCUGUCGGUGCCAGUUUAGUUCCCUCUGUGAUACCUAUCAACAAGAAGCUCGGGAUAAAACCGAUCGUAUCAAAGAGAACGCUGCCCAGCUUGAACUGGAAAACGUUCACAAAGUCUACAACGAAAUUGCGAAACACUUCAGUGAAACGAGACAUUCGCCAUGGCCGCGAAUUUCCGCUUUCCUGGAAUCACUACAACCCGGCUCCGUCCUCUUGGACAUCGGUUGCGGCAACGGAAAAUAUCUUAAUCUUAACCCGAACCUUAUCGCCCUGGGAUGUGACCGAAGUGAUGGACUGCUGAAAGUUUGCACGGAACGGGGCUUCCGCGUGGUCCAGUGCGACUGUCUCGCGUUACCCUUCCGGUCGGAAUGUGCCGAUGCUUGCAUCUGCAUCGCCGUCAUCCACCACUUGGCCUCGUUGGAACGUCGAAGGCAAUCCAUUCAGGAAAUGGCCCGAGUUCUCCGGCCCGGAGGGCGGGCCCUCAUCUACGUCUGGGCCAAGAAUCAGGAAGCCAAUGCCAAAAAGUCCAGCUACCUCCGGCAGAAUAAACAGAACAAUAAACCUUCGGAAGAGAGCACCCGAUCGGAGAAGUCGGUUCCCAUUGAGCAUCGAGUCGUCGUCGGUGGGGAGGGGAACGCCAGCUUGCCGGUGCACACCAAUCGGACGCAGUUUCAGCAUCAGGAUUUGCUGGUACCGUGGAAGCUGCGUGACGUCGAACAGCGGCAGCAGGAGAAUGAGACGAAGGUAACUUUCCUCCGGUAUUACCACGUGUUUGAGGAGACGGAAUUGGCCGGGCUGUGUCGGGAGAUUGCGGGGAUCAGUGUCGAAGAUAGUUACUAUGAUCAAGGGAAUUGGUGUGUGAUUUUUAGAAAAGAUUGAAACGUUUCUAUGGAAUUUGCCAGA